GCAAAGAAAAGAAAGAGAAAUGUGUCUUCAGACCACUCUGACGGGGAAUUGAGCCCUGCCUCACCUGCUGCGCUGGAGGAUGACUUAAUAAUGAAGAGGCGCUCCAAUCGUGUGGUGAAGAGGAAGAAGUACACAGAGGACCUGGAUAUCAAGAUAACAGAUGAUGAGGAUGAGCAGGAAGAUGUAGACGUUACUACAACCGCGGCGGCUGUGGCCUCAAUCAGUGGCGGGACAGCAGCGCAGCUUAAACAGGAAAUGGAGCUGGAUGUUGACGGACAACCUAGCAUGCAGUUCUUUGUGGAAAACCCAAGUGAGGAAGAUGCUGCAAUUGUAGACAAAGUUCUGUCUAUGAGGGUAAUGAAGAAGGAAGUUUCACCGGGCCAGUAUAUCAAUGUUGAGGAAUUCUUUGUGAAAUACAAGAACUAUUCAUACUUGCACUGUGAGUGGGCAACUAUGGAGCAGCUGGAGCGAGAUAAGAGGAUCCAUCAGAAGAUCAAGAGGUUCAAGACCAAGCAUGCACAGAUGAGGCACAUUUUCCAGGAGGAUGAGGAGUCUUUUAACCCAGACUAUGUAGAGGUGGACAGGAUCCUUGACGUUUCCCACAGUGUGGACAAGGACAAUGGCGAGCCUGUUAUCUACUACUUGGUGAAGUGGUGCUCUCUACCUUAUGAAGACGCCACUUGGGAACUGAAGGAGGACGUGGAUGAGGGCAAGGUCGAAGAGUUCAGCAAAAUCCAAAACCGACAACCUCGCCUGAAGAGAACGCCACGGCCGUCUGCCAGUUCAUGGAAGAAGUUGGAGGAGUCGAGAGAGUACACAAACGGCAACACACUCCGAGAGUACCAGCUUGAAGGAGUCAACUGGCUGCUCUUCAACUGGUACAACAGGCAGAACUGUAUUCUGGCAGAUGAGAUGGGUCUGGGAAAGACCAUCCAGUCUAUUGCACUUCUCUCUGAGAUUUACGCUGCUGGAAUCCAAGGCCCUUUCCUGGUCAUUGCGCCUCUCUCCACCAUAACAAACUGGGAAAGAGAGUUUUCCACAUGGACCCACAUGAACGCCAUUGUCUACCACGGCAGCCUGGCCAGCCGACAGAUGAUCCAGCAGUAUGAGAUGUACUGCAAGGAUGACAAGGAGCAUUUGAUCCCAGGUGCAUACAAGUUUGACGCCCUCAUCACAACCUUUGAGAUGGUGUUAUCUGACUGCCCAGAGCUGAGGGAAAUCUCCUGGCGUUGUGUGAUCAUUGAUGAGGCUCACCGCCUGAAGAAUCGCAACUGCAAGCUGUUGGACAGUUUGAAGAUGCUGGAUGUGGAACACAAGGUGUUGUUGACCGGCACUCCUCUCCAGAACACUGUGGAGGAACUCUUCAGUCUGCUUCAUUUCCUCGAGCCUGCUCAGUUCCCUUCAGAGACUGAAUUCCUCAGAGACUUUGGAGACCUCAAAACAGAGGAACAGGUUCAGAAGCUGCAGGCCAUCUUGAAACCCAUGAUGUUACGAAGGCUCAAAGAGGAUGUUGAGAAGAACUUGGCACCUAAACAGGAGACCAUCAUUGAGGUUGAGUUGACGGAUGUCCAGAAGAAGUACUAUCGGGCCAUCCUAGAGAGAAACUUCAGUUUCCUCAGUUUAGGGGCAAACAGUAACAGCAAUGUCCCCAACCUGCUCAACACGAUGAUGGAGCUACGCAAGUGCUGCAACCACCCCUACCUCAUCAAUGGCGCGGAGGAGAAGAUCGUAGCGGAGUUACGGGAGGUGUAUGACCCCCUGGCUCCCGACUUCCAUUUGCAGGCCCUGAUUCGGUCUGCUGGCAAGCUGGUGCUACUGGACAAGCUGCUGCCCCGCCUCAAGGCUGGUGGCCACAAAGUGCUCAUCUUCUCCCAGAUGGUGCGCUGCUUAGAUAUUCUGGAGGACUACCUCAUCAACAAGAGAUACCUUUAUGAGCGAAUUGAUGGCAGAGUGCGAGGGAACUUGCGACAGGCUGCCAUCGAUCGCUUCAGCAAGCCUGACUCAGAUCGCUUUGUCUUCCUGCUGUGUACCCGUGCUGGCGGCCUGGGUAUUAACCUCACUGCUGCUGACACAUGUGUUAUUUUUGACUCUGACUGGAACCCUCAAAAUGACCUUCAGGCACAAGCACGAUGUCAUCGUAUUGGCCAGUCUAAGGCGGUCAAGGUCUACCGUCUGAUCACUAGGAACUCCUAUGAGAGGGAGAUGUUGGAUAAAGCAAGUCUGAAGCUUGGCCUAGACCGGGCCGUCCUGCAGAGUAUGAGUGGUAACAAAGACAGCAAUGUCAAUGGGAUCCAGCAGUUCUCCAAGAAGGAGAUUGAGGACCUGCUGAGGAAGGGAGCCUAUGCUGCUAUCAUGGAUGAGAGUGAUGAAGGCAGUCGCUUCUGCGAGGAGGACAUUGAUCAGAUCCUCCAGAGAAGAGCCACUACCAUCACCAUAGAGAGCGAGGGCAAAGGCUCGACGUUCUCCAAGGCCAGCUUUGUGGCCUCUGAGAACCGCAAUGACAUUGCACUUGAUGACCCCGAAUUUUGGCAGAAAUGGGCCAAGAAAGCCGACAUAGACAUGGACACCCUAAACCGAAAGAACACCCUCGUAAUCGACACUCCCAGAGUCCGCAAACAGACUCGGCAGUACUCCAGUUUACGAGGUGAAGGUGGAGAACUUUCUGACAUGGACAGCGACGAUGAGUAUCCACCUGCCAAUUCCAGACAGUCCCGUGCCUCUCGACGCUCCGACCGCCACAGUGGAGGGGGCUAUGGUCGCACUGACUGCUUCAGGGUGGAGAAACAUCUGCUUGUCUAUGGUUGGGGUCGCUGGCGGGACAUCUUAUCCCAUGCCAGAUGUAAGCGUCGUCUGAGUGAACGCGACGUGGAGACUAUCUGCCGUGUCAUCCUGGUUUUUUGUCUGCUCCACUACCGUGGAGAUGAGAAUAUCAAGAGUUUCAUCUGGGAGCUCAUCACGCCGCCAGAGAACGGGCGUGAACCACAAACACUUCUCAACCACUCUGGCUUGUCUAUCCCUGUUCCAAGGGGCAGGAAGGGUAAGAGGGUAAAGGCCCAGAGCACAUUUGAUGUUCAGAAGGUGGAGUGGAUCCGCAAGUACAACCCUGACACCCUGCUUCUGGAUGACAGCUACCGCAAACACCUCAAGCACCAGUGCAACAAGGUGCUGCUGAGGGUGCGUAUGCUCUACUACCUGAAACAGGAGGUGAUUGGAGAACAUGCGGACUCUGUCCUGAAGGGGGCUGACAUCAGGGAUGUUGAUAUCUGGAUGCCUGAGAUGGAGCAGCAGGAGGUGCCUGCAGGAUGGUGGGAUGGUGAGGCAGAUCGCUCACUGCUUGCGGGUGUAUUCAAACAUGGUUAUGAGAUGUACACCACUAUGCGUGCCGAUCCCUGCCUCUGUUUCCUGGAAAGAGCUGGUCGGCCUGAUGACAAGGCCAUUGAUGCCGAGCAGCACACUGGUGAUGCCGAGAUGGGAGACGAUGCUGACUAUGAUAAGUAUUCAGAGGACCCAGAGUUCAAGCCUGCGUCAAGACACGCCAAAGAUCUUUUUGAGGAGCCUGACUCCAUGAACGUGGACGAUGAGAUUUCUGUGGAAGACAAGGUGGGGCCAGUGAUCGCAGAAAGCCUUUCCAGUCACAGCGGUCCUUGUGACUGGCCUUCCAGCUCAUCACUAACAGCACGGCUGCGGCGUCUGAUCACAGCUUACCAGCGCAGCUACAGGCAGGAGCAGCUGAAAAUCGAAGCAGAGGCUAAGGGUGACCGCAGGCGCAGGCGGUGCGAACAGGCCAGCAAGCUGAAGGAGAUUGCGCGACAGGAGCGCCAGCAGAGGUGGACACGUAGGGAAGAAUGUGACUUUUACCGUGUGGUAUCUACUUUUGGUGUGGAAAAGAUAAAAAAGGAGGCAGGUCUACCCGAGGUCGGAGAACCUGAUUUUGACUGGAACCGCUUCCGUACCUUCGCUCGUCUGGAUAAAAAAACAGAUGAGAGCCUCAGUCGAUACUUCCGCUCUUUUGUUGCCAUGUGCCGGAGAGUUUGCCACCUGCGCCCAGGUCGCAGUGAAGAUGCAUCAGAGCUUUCCCAGACCGUUGCCCCCAUCACUGAGGAGCGUGCUUCCCGUACCCUUUACCGUAUUAGCCUCCUGCGUCGCCUCCGUGAGCGAGUACUGCCCCACCCCUCCCUGGAGGAGCGUCUGCUUCUUGCUCCACCCUCCUCUGAGCUGCCAGCGUGGUGGAAUAUACGAGAACACGAUCGUCAGCUGAUGCUGGGCGCUGCACUGCACGGUGUCAGCCGCACUGAGCUGUCCAUCUUCUCAGACCCACAGUUCACCUUCAGUCAGGCUCGGGAUGAGUUCAUACAGAACCAGCUGGCCCCGCCCCCUCCACCUCCACCUCAGGCAAUGCCCGUCAUGCCCCUCAGCCAGCCGAAGACUGAGGAGGAGGUGCCUGGUGUAAAGGAGGAGGUGGCUGAAGACAAUGCCCGGUUGCUUGGAGGUGAAAUCAUCGCCAACCUGCAGAGUACGCCCUUGAGUCACCAUGACGGCAAGGCACGAGGGCAGGGCUGGAGCUUAAAGAGAAGCAGGGGGAGGGUUGGAAAAACAGGAGGAGAAAGGAAGGGAGAGGGAGGGUCAGAUUCUGAUUCUGAUUCUGAUUCGGGUUCAUCGUCCUCUGAGCGAUCAGGAAGCAGUGAUGAAAGUGGAGAGAGUGAGGAAGAGGUGGAAGGAGCAGGCAUGAAGCUGUGUGACGGGGAUGAAGAUAAUAGUUUACUCUCCAUGACUCCAUCUCAGGAUGGCAUUCCUCCUCCUGAUCCUCUCAGAGUUGAUUGGCCCAAGGACCGUGUGCUGAUCAACCGUCUGGAUAGUUUGUGUACGCUGGUGCUAACUGGUCAGUGGCCCUCGGGGCGACGCUACGUGUCUGAGGCUCAGCUAAACCCAAGCUCAGAGCUGGCGGGAGAAGAGAUGGCCUACACAAGGGUCAUCCGUAAACCCAGCGGCACGCCUGGUGGCCCUGGGGCAGAUGGAGAUGAUGGAGAGUUCACUGUCAAGCUCCUCAAGGAGGAGGGACUGAAGCUGACCUUCUCUAAGCAGGCCCUGAUGCCCAAUGGGUCUGGGGGGGAGAGCAGCGGCCGCAAAAGGCGUAAGGAUCAAGAGUUAUCCGACCCCGAUGGACUCCAUGAUCCACUGGAGCGUACUCCUCGGCGCAGGGACCCUCCCACCUGGUUGAAGGAGAACCCAGACUAUGAGGUGGAGGGAGACAUGCUGGAGCUUCUUGUGAACAGGAGUAAGAGGAAGAGAAGGAGGAGGGCAGAUAAAGCCCUGACAGGCAGUGAGAAGGUCAAAGUCAUUAACAUGAGGACAGGAAAGAAGGUUGGAGCUGCUUGUUGUCCGAAUCUGCAAGACCUAAGGGAAUAUCUGGAGGAGAAUCCUGAUAACGCUGUAGCACCCGAGUGGUCUGAAACUAUUCGUAAUUCUGGCUUCCUGCCUGAGACCCUUCACCACCGACUGCUGACCGAGCACUCAGAGAUCCCGAAGAAAAGCAGACGCCGUCAUCACCACCACCACCACCAUCACCACACUGCAGAGGCCAGCCACGAAGACCCCAACCUGGACGGAGUUGAAGAGGAGACUCUGGUCUCAGAUGGAGCCUACAUGAUGGAUGAGGAGGACCUAGAGACCUCCCAUCACUUCCUCACCAGUCCAGACUUUGACGUUAAAAUGGAGGGCGGCGACAGCCUUUCCCAAGGUGACUAUGACAGCUCAGAUCAAGAGGCGCUAUUGGACGAUGUCAUCAUAGCACAGAAGGACUCUGAUUCCUCAUCAAGCUCAGAGGAUUGACUGAACCCCCCUCUCCUAAAACAUCUGACUUAGUCCCCUUUUCAACAAUGAAUCAUGUUAUUCCUCAUUUAUUUUUACCAUAUUAUGAUCAACUUAUGAAUGAAUGUUUUUUGUUGUUACUUUUAUUCAUUUAUUUUAUAUAGAGAUUUUUUUCCAUAAAGAGCAGGUUUGCACCCAUCUGUUUUCUUUUUCAUCAUCACAAUUGUGGUUCCAUCUUUGUCUCCUCGAUCCUCCUCUCUAACCUCCUGACAAAAUGGCAAAAAAGCUGAGCUUUCUUACUUCAUGACUCGUCAUUCUCCUCUUCCUCCAAAACCUAUUCUUUCCCAUCACAUUCCCAGUCAUGACCAAAAGGGGACCCCUGCUGUACAGAUACCCUUUUCUUAUCUAAGAACCUCAAUGCCAGUCCUCUAGCGCUACAUGAAACUGGACAUGUGUACCGAGCAGAGCCUGGAUCCAGAUCCCACAAUCCCUUGAACUCGUUUGGUCAUAUCUCCUGUAUCCAGACGAGUCUGUGAACUAAAAGGGGAUCCGUUGUGUGGAUGUACUGUUAUUGUUUUCACUCUGUGUGAGGGGUGGGGGUUGAGAGGGUGGGAGGGGGAAAGUGACGUAUUAGUUACUGAAGCAGUGCUAGGAGGAUGGGUGUAUUGUACAAUGUAGAGCUGGUCAGUUGUGUACUAUGGUGCAAAGAUGACGGCAAUGAGUUACUAUUCUUGUUUUAUGAUCUGAGUGUAUCUGUGAAAUGAAUAACAGCAAUCUACAGUGAAAGCAA